AUCUCAUCUCCUCAUCCUAGUACUACUCAUGCCUUUGAUCGAGGUGAUUGCAAAUGAUCGGCUGGGCCGAAAAGUCCGAGUCAAGUGCAGCCCAGAUGACACUGUGGGUGACCUGAAGAAACUCAUUGCCGCUCAAACUGGUACAGACUCCAAGAAGAUUCAGCUGAAGAAAUGGUAUACGAUUUACAAGGACCACAUCACGCUCUCAGAUUAUGAGAUCCAUGAUGGUAUGAGUUUGGAGAUGUAUUAGUGUUCAAUUCACGGAGUCCCAAGAGUACGAGAGGAUGGUCAUGCAGAAGUAGACACGAGGCUGUUUUUUGUUGAGUCGACUUCCUAGUGCCAUCAUCUACAAUCAUAUCAUGUAUUAACAGCUUUGUUCCAAUUAAUCACUUGUUGGAGGGUUA